UAUAUAUAUAUAUAUAGUCUUACUGACUGUACAUAUUUCAGAGGACACAAGGGCAUUGGUGUUGGUCAGAAGAAAGGACUGAGUGGUGAGUGGUGAGGAAUAGUUAUCCUAAUGUAACUGAAAAACGCAGUAAAACUGACAUUUUUAUUUGGAAAAAUGUAAGUGUCCAUUAUUUUUUUUCUAUAAAUACAUGUAAAUGUUGAUGACUGUAAAAUAUAGACUUUGGGAAUCUAUGUCCAUAAAUUACCAAAAUGCUAUCGGGAUUAUUCCCAUCAUUGAAUUUUUGAGAAAGCAAUUAUGUAUUAGUCUAAACGGCUGAACCCUGGGUAAUUAUAGGUAGAGCUGCUUUGUUAAUAGGUUCCUUGGUUCACUCUCUAAUGGUUUGUGGGGUGUAGAGACAACAAAAAGGGAGAGUUGGGGUGUAGCAAAGCCCAUCACUUUGGAUAUAAAACAUUAUCUGUCAGAACCACUAACAUUAACUGACACCACCAGAGUAAAUAGUAAUGAGGGUUUUUUUUUAGCAUUCAACAGUUCCAGUCCCCUGCCCUUACUCACUGUGACCUUCAUGUGGGAUCCCCUGGGACCCUGCUGCCCCUAUACUAUCUGUGGAAGGGUGUGUGGGUUCCUACUCGCUCUGAUGGUCCAAAACAGGAAGGGGUGUAUGUAAGUGUGAGUAGGGGAGUUCUGGGAAGAAGAACUAGAAUCUGUGUUUGUGUGAGAGCAGGCACAGCAAGAGGACACUGCCAACCAGCACCUUCUUUUGGGCUCAAUGCAGAGCAGAAUGGAGAACGUUUAUGGGAAUAGGAUGGACAAUUACAUGAAAGAUAACAGCUUUAAAUGUGAUGAUGAUGAUGAUGAUGAUUAUGAAAAUAUGAACACUAUGAAGCCACCAUCUUUGCCUUCCCGAGGGAAAAAGGGGGUCAAAGCCAAUAUUCGGAAGGAAGACUUUGCAAUGAAAAGUACUGGAAGGCCUGAAACUUGCUCAGCUGGGGCACAACGUAAUACCCCCGCAGUGUUGGAGACAAACACCUCUGAUGUUCCAAGAUUCCAAACACCACGCAUCGGUUUGGAUUUUUCAUCAGCGGCCGUGAAUGAGGCAUUUAGAGAUCUGCCAGAUACAAGUGCAGAAACCAAUGAGAACAAAGAUAAAGGGCCACACAGGAGAACUGUUCUGUUCCUAGGGGCAAUGCUGAUCCUCAUGUUGCUCCUGUGUAUAACAGGGACAAGCCUCCUCUACAUAUAUUUGUCUCAGUUUCAAGAUGCGUCUACGAAAGGGCAAGACAGCCUCAAGGCAGACAUAAGGGAAAUCAAUAAGACCCUGGGAUCUCAAGUUCAAGAGGCCUCUAAAGAGGAAAGGAACCUCAAGGAAGACCUAAGCAAAAUCAAUCAAACCCUAUACUCUAUGGAAAUGCCAUCUAAAAAGCAGGUGGAUAAUCUCAAGGCACAAAUAACAGACUUCAAACAAACGAUUGAGAAAGAAGAAAAAGGGCUCCUGACGCAGAUCCUUAAACUGAAAAAUGCAAUACAGAAACAAGGUAUCUGCAAAUUGUGUCCCCCUGACUGGAAACUAGUGGGCUUCAAUUGCUAUUUUUUCUCCAAAGAGCCCAAAAGUUGGGCUGAUUCAAGACAACAGUGCCAAAAACUUGGGUCUGACCUCCUUAUCUUUACAGAUCAGGCGGAGGUGGAUGCUCUUUAUCAGUACAUGCAAAAUAAGAGAUUCUGGAUUGGACUCCAAAGAAAUAAAGACCAGAAGUGGAAUUGGGUGGAUGGAAAAGCAUUAACCUUCAACCGAUGGGGCACUGGCGAGCCUAAUAACGCAGGCUCUGGUGAGCACUGUGGUGAGACCUUAUCAAGAUACUGGAAUGACCUUAAGUGCGGCGAUAUAAUUGACUUUAUCUGCGAAGGACCCCCAGACUGCUGAGGAAUUCCAACCAUUUAAAAAAAUCUGGAGAACAUCCAAUGUCAGGUGGUUGAGACGGACACAUUUUAGCCUAAAUCCCUUUUGCAGCACAAAGAUUUGUUUAUUGUUGUCUCAGCAGUGUCCCAUCUUUGUGCAAGUGCCUAAAAUAAUAUGUUUUUUGUUUCAUUAUCCUGGCACGAGCACCUCAGGAACUAAUUAGCGUAUAGGGUGUUUUUGGCGCUGUUUUGUGACGGAUGGCAGUAAAAUCCAUUUCCACUGGUAGAAAGAAAAACAGCAGAGAAAGCACCCCAUAUGCUAACUGCCUGUUAGUUUUCUGUACCAUAUUGGUGCAGUGCUUCUCCCCAUAGCACAUAUCCAGCUAAUAUUAUAACAGCUUAGGUUAAACCGAGAGAAUAUAAUAAAUAAAUGUAAAUAUAUGUGGA